GGAACAUGACUUUGGACCGUGACCUGAUGGAGCACACGGACAGUCGGCGAGGACAACACGCGAGGAGCACGUAUUUACUGAUAAAUAACAACAACAACGGCGCACCGGGCGCGGCCCGGCUCCGGGACGGUCCGGUCCCCGUGAAACCUCCUUAUUCUUACAUCGCUCUCAUCACCAUGGCGAUCCUUCAAAGCCCAAAGAAGAAGCUCACCCUCAGCCAGAUCUGCGACUUCAUCAGCCAGCGCUUUCCGUAUUACCGAGAGAAAUUCCCCGCGUGGCAGAACUCCAUCCGGCACAACUUGUCCCUAAACGACUGCUUUGUCAAAAUGCCACGUGAGCCCGAUAAUCCCGGGAAGGGGAAUUACUGGACUCUGGAUCCCAUGUCGGCUGAUAUGUUUGAAAACGGCAGUUUUCUGCGGCGCAGGAAGCGCUUUAAGAGGCAGCACUUCUGUUUGGGAACUUUUAGGGACUCCGGCGCGCACGUGUGUCCGCUCGUCGGAGCGCACAGGAUGCGAUCCGGGUUCCACAGUCCGGUUUUAUACCACGAUCUGGGAUUACGAAGCGGUUUCGUCUCCCUCUCUGAGCCCGCGGACGCGCCAGUUAGCGGCAUCACACUUGCGCUCUCCUCCUGUGACGCGCGGCUCCCCUGCGCCACUCCACACUCAGUGUCACUCCAUGGGAUCAUACCCAACUACCCCCUCACUCACGUGCACAGUGUCCCCGCGCCUUUAUUAAAGUUUCAUGUUUUUUAAUCCAGCAGACACAGAAUGCACGCACUGUGCGCCGGCCAAAAAGCCUGGACGAGAGCGAACAGCUCCAAAAUGUGAGGAAUAAAAGGUUUCAUCAAUAUCUGAACUGUGAUUCUUAUUUUGACACAAAGAUUGGAGAAACCUUUCGAAGAGAGAUGGAUUUUUAUUUGUUUGUUUAAUUAAUUGGUGAGGUAGAUAUUUGCUUUGCUCAAUAGGUUAAUUUUAUUUGUCAUAAUUUAAAAUAUGUGAAUUUAGUGGAUUAGCAAAUUUAAUAAAUAAUGUAUAAAUAGUACAACCAUUAUUAACAACAAUUCUAAAUAUUACUUUUAAGAAAUUAAUGUAUAAUAAUUAACAAGCCCCAUCACCCUUAAUUGGAAUAAAGCAAAUAAUGACUUAAUGAAUGAUAAAAAAAAUUUUAAAUGCCCUCAAAAGAAAAAUGUUCGUAAAACACAUUUCUUAUCACAUAUGUCGACUUAAAAAAAAAUCUCAAGCAAAGCGGUUGAAAAAUAAUGUAAAAACCUCCAAAUAAAUGGUUUUGGUUAAUAAAGACUGCAAAGCAUUAAAGACUAAACUAAAACAUUUCAUGUUACUGCUUUAUAUUAAAACUGGUUUAUGGGUUAACUGCGCAGUUCUGCAAGUUAAUGUUGAUCAGUCGAUUGAUUAUUGUCCAUGUUUGUUGUCUAUACAAUCAUGAAAUGUGCUGUAAAACU